AUGAAAUCUGUAAUCCAAUCGCAGAAAACUGCCCUGAUCACCGGGGCUGCCUCGGGUGUUGGGUUUGCCAUAGCAAAGCUCUGCCGAAGCAAGGGCAUGCAUCUUGCCUUGCUGGAUAUUGAUCAGGACAACUUGGCAAAGACGAAAAAGGUCCUGGCUGACCUUGACUCUUCUCUCAAAACAGAGGCAUACACAUUCGAUGUCGCCGACGCUGCGGCGUGGAAAGAAAAGGCCGCAGGGAUAAAUGAGAUCUUCCCCGACAUUGACCUGGUGGUGCUAAAUGCGGGGAAAGCCUAUAAGCCCCAGGAAUCCUCUCCAAGUCGCCUUAAACAAUGGCUGGAUGGAGAAUACUGGCGAAAGACUCUUGACACGAAUGUUUACGGCCCCCUCAACGGGUUAGAAGUUCUUCUCCCUCUGCUGCUCUCGUCGAAAUACCAAACACCCAAGUCCAUUGUUGUGACAGGCUCCAAACAAGGCAUUACGAACCCGCCUGGUGGAGGUAAUCCGGCAUACAAUGCGUCCAAGGCCGCAAUCAAGAGUCUGACCGAGCAUCUCGCCUACGACCUACGGUCUGAUCCGACUACUGCCCAUAUCUCCGUCCACCUCUUGAUUCCGGGCUGGACUUGGACUGGACUCAUGGGGAAUGUCGGCCCAACCAAUGAAAAGGAAAUCAGGAAGCCAGAGGGCGCUUGGUAUCCAAGUCAAGUCGCAACAGAGUUGUUGGAAGGUCUGGAAAAGGGGUCAUUCUAUAUUAUCUGUCCCGAUGGUGAGACUGAUCGUGCCCUGGAUCAAGCGCGUAUGAAAUGGGGUGGUGAAGAUGCCGUUGAGGGUAGACCGGCACUAUCACGUUGGGAGAAUAGUUGGAAGGGUCGUGCUGAAGCAGCGAUCCACGCAGAUGCGGAGGUGCGUCGAGGUUGA